CACGGUUCGUCGUUCAGUCAGUCAGUUGUCAUUGUCAGUAGGUACAUAUUGUCACACACUGCGAUACGGCUGAAAUGAACUGGUUCACCGAGUGCAAGUGCUGUUUUUAAAAGUUAUAAUUUUGUGGCCUGAUGUCAUUAAUCUACUGAGUAUGAACGACCCCAACUCAUAUGGAUAUCAGGAAAACGCGACGGACCUGUCGGUUGCCGAGCAGCAGCGUCCAGCGGUGCUCCCGUCGGAGUACAAGUUCACUCCGGAUGAGCUGCGCGUGCUGGGCGAAUGCAACAAAGAGAGCUUCUUCCAACGAUCCCUGCCUCUCGGCACCACGUUUGGCCUCGGAGCCUAUGUUGCUGUACAAAAAGGCCAUCUUAAGCCCAACCCUCGGUUCGGGCCGUUCCCGAAAGUGACGCUGGCAGUAAUGGUCGGCUACUUCAUCGGCAAGCUGUCCUACCAGCAGGCUUGCGCCGAGAAGCUGAUGGCACUCCCCGGCAGCUACAUCGGCCAGCUGCUACGAGAACGAAAAGAUGGAAAGGUUGUAGGAGGAACUAGUCGGGGUCCAAUGGGGAGUAAGCCGGGGACGACGAUGUUCGGCGCGAACCCGAGCGACAUAUACUCGGACGCAGGCCCCGGCAGCUCGCUCGACCUGGACACCGACCGGCCACUGUUCAACGACGACUCCUACCGUCCGGGCUCCACGGCACCCGUCCCGGCACCAGAGGUCGCCCCGAGGAAUCCAAGUCUUUCCUACGACGACUUACGUCGUAAAAACAGAGAUGACUACAAAGGUUCCAAACAGGACCCAUACAGGACGGAGUUGGGUGCGCCGCCGCCUGUGCAACGCAUGCGCACCGAACCCCCGGCGCCUGCGCCGCCCGCGCCGACCAACAAGUACGGUGACGUCAUGGAGUAAAGUUGCGUCGCUCGUCCACGUCUUGUCAUUGCGUAGUUACGAGUCCACAACGCGUCUUACGUUCGUACGCCGUGAUAUUAUUGUGCGCUUACAAAGCCUCUGAGACGGUACUCCGGUACCCUCGUGCUCUUCAAGGCUUGACCCCUAGUAUGCAUAUGUCAGUUAAACAAGCUUACCUUUUACACAAUGUACAAAACUGUUUUAAUUGACAAUGAAAAAUAAUAGUUGAGUUUUAUAUG